UUAUCGAGCACUUCAGUUCCCAAAACCGCUGUUCCCGAGCCGGGACCAGAUUGGAAAACAGCGAAACUAGAAUGGGGAGUCGCAUGGGAGUUUCACUGUUAUGGUCUGGGCGUCGCAUUCGCGUUCCUUAACUCUGUCGCAGCCAUGGUGCUGGCAAAUAAGAAGAAAGCCUUCGCUCGCAGAGUUUUUUUCGAUGCUAUCAACUCACUGCAGGUGUUAUUCGGGAUGUCCCGUGCGUUGUGCUUGUUGAUUGACCCAUAUGAAUCAAAGAUGAACAUAGCUAACUGUCCAGUUUGGAUAGCAAGACCACUCUUUGGGAUCGCCUUUCCUUGUUUAACCUCAUCUUUCUGUUUGAUUCAUUUGGCUUUUCUCGAAGUUGCCAAGGUUCAACUCGUUCCUCCAAAAAUUCAAAACUUUAAAGUUGUCGUCAGCAUAAUAGGCCUUCAUUUUCUUGUGGUUAUUGUAUCUGACACGACCGUUGCGUUCGAGGGCAACUUGACCGAACUUUUAAUCGUCUGUCAAUCGUUCUUUAUUGUCUGGGGCUUCCUCAACUCGAUCUCCUUCAUGUAUAGUGGUUCCAAAGUCGUCAGCCAAGCAACAAAAAUUCAGAGGCAGCUUUUAGCGAUUCAACAGGGAGAGAAUAGAAAGGAGGCUCCAAAAUCAAAUAGCUCACACGUUUGCAGUAAAACAAGUAAAGUGGCGAAAAUUACACUAGCAACUAGCGCACUAGGAGUGGCCUGUUGUAGUUUACAAGUUUAUUCCCUCUUUGGUGUUUACGGCAUGUAUUCAAAAGUUGUUAACCCAAAACCUUGGCCUUGGUUGGCAUUUCAGACAAGCUUCCGUCUUGUGGAGCUAGCCAUGGGGUGCACCAUAGCCUACAGCGUUUUACAAUCGGCGGACAGGGGUCAACACCUUUUACAUUUGAAAAGUUGUUUUCGA